UUUCGGUAUAUAGGGUAAUCGCCGCGUCAAUGCAUAUAUUCUUUAAACCGGCUUCGCUUUAUCACUUCGAUUAAGCCGAGAUUGGACAUCGCUGGUGUUUCAGCGUCCAUGUCCCCCGGCCGUAGGCUGUGCUGCGGAGUGAUACUUAACUUCAUUGGAACCGACAAUGUGGAAGCUGUUAAAAUGUCUACUUGGAAAAUGAAAUGGUUACAUUUUCUAUAACAGCGAGGAAACGGAGCAGUGUAAGAGUUAUGCUUCGCGUUAGAAACGUGUUUUCAGUUUCGUGACGAAGAAAACAACCAGACGAGGAGGCGACGGAGGGGUGGUUCAUAUUGUCUUUCCUCAUUUUCAUCAAGCCUCCAGUAGUCCGGACCACGGGGGGAAGGAUCCUAUCCCUAACUUUGUUUUUCUCUCUGCUGCGGUCGGUGAUUUCUCCCUGUUGGAUGCCAUAUAACUGAAUCCAGUCGCGAGCUGAGACUGAAAGGCCCACGUGAACAGCAGCAGAGAAUGGCUGCAGUGGAAACAGACAAGGAGCUCAACGACUUGCUGGAUUUUAGCGCGAUGUUUGAGCCUCCAGUUUCAAACGGCAAGAACCGGCCCACUACUCUCGCCAGCAGUCAGUUCGGAGGUUCAGGUAUAGAUGAUAGGAGUGGGUCCAGUCCCUGGGGACCAGGAGAACAGAACAGUCCAUCUUUCAACCAGGGAAGGGGUGGUUAUGGAGAACAAGGCCUUUACAGUGAGCAAGAGGGCAUUGCCUCUGCCCCCAUAUAUGGAUCAGGGAUUGUUGGGAAGGCUGAGCGAGGACAAUACUCCUCAUUUGCACCACAGCCGGGCUUUAUGCCCAGUGAGAUGCCCAUGCCCAGCCCCGACGCCCUGUCCCCAUCUGGCCUCAAGCCCAACUCCCAGUUUUAUUCCUCCUAUGAGGGAAGCAACUCUCGCAGGAGACCCUCACAGGAGCCUAUUGGAGCACAGCCAAAAAAGAUCAGGAAGGUGCCCCCUGGCCUGCCCUCCUCGGUUUAUGCAUCAGCCUCAGGAGAGGAUUUUAACAGGGACAAUGCUGGCUACCCGGCCUCCAAGGCAGGAAACGUCUACCCACCACCAUUCUACAUGCAAGAAGGCCUCCACCCGCCCUCUGAUCCAUGGGGCUCUGGCCGGCCGAUGGUUCAGCCUGGUUAUUCUGCCAUGCUGGGAAACUCCCCCCAUCUGAGCCAGCAUGCUCCCUUCACUGCCAUCAACCCCCAAGACAGACUGAAACGGCAGCCACUGCCCCUCUCUCCCCAAAACUACCCCAUGCAUGGCAGCGAGGUCAACGGGGCUCAUUCUGCGGGCUUCCACUCUGGCCCAGGCAGCUUUGGAGUCCCCAGCCACACACCCCCUAUGGCUGAAACCAUUAUGGCCAAUCGAGGAGCAGUACCUGGAAGUUCAGGUGAUGAGAUUGGAAAAGCCCUGGCAUCUAUCUAUCCUUCAGACCCGCACAGUAACACCUUCCCUCCGUCUCCGUCUACUCCCUCUGGCUCUCCACAGGCUGUUUCAGGCUCUGCAUCCCAGUGGACUCGGUCCUCUGGCCAGGCCACACCUUCACCCAACUUUGAGGGUGAAAUUCAGCCCAUGCCAAAUAAAAUGGAGGACCGUCUGGACGAGGCCAUCAAUGUUCUUCAGCGUCACGCCAGCGGACAAGGAGGGCCAGGCCUGGCUGAGAUGCACAGUCUGCUCUCGGCGGGUUUAGGGUUACCUCCAGCCUUCACCAGUGCAGCACUUGGAUUGGCCGGCCGUCUGCCUGGACUGAUGUCCAGUCACCAUGAGGACUCCGCUGGUCUGCCCUCUAGUGGAGGACUCAUGCAUGGUCACCACGGGCCCUCAUCUGUCCAGCCAGGCUCUCAGCCUGAAGGUUUUACCGGCCUGUCUGGUAGCCUGAGUCGCUCUAGUGGUGCUGACAUCAAACGAGAGGACAAGGAGGACGACGAAAAUUGCUCCAUCACUGACAGGUCAGAGGACGAGAAAAAAGACAAGACGGCCCGCCAUGGAGCAAGCAGCGUUGUCUCGGUGACCGAUGAGAACAUGACUGCCGAGGAGAAGGAGCAGAGGGAGCGUGAUCGCCGCAUGGCUAACAACACUAGGGAGAGGGUGCGCGUUCGCGACAUUAACGAAGCCUUCAGAGAGCUGGGCAGGAUGUGUCAGGUCCACCUGCAGAGCGACAAGGCCCAGACCAAGCUUAUCAUCCUGCAGCAGGCUGUCCAGGUCAUAAUGGGCCUGGAGAAGCAGGUGCGAGAGCGUAAUUUGAACCCAAAGGCUGCCUGCCUCAAGAGAAGAGAGGAGGAAAAAGUUUCAGGCGUGGACCCCCAGAUGCAGCUUGGAGGAGGUCACCCUGGUAUGGGAGGAGAUGGACACAUGUAAUUCUCAGUUCCUGUUGAUUGUACAGCCCUUAGAACACGUGGCCUUAAUCUAUCAUUGUCAUGCAUCUCAGUGUGUGUUAAUCAACUUUUGGAAAGCACACGCACACACACACACACACACACACACACACACACACACACACACACACACACAAACAGACACACACGUGCCCACACACACGUGCCCACACACACACACACACACACACCUCAUUACUGACAGAGCAGGUGGCCACAUUCCUGACUAUGAAUACAGAAGUAACAAGCACACUCUCACAGAAAGAGGGAAAAUGUAUUAAUCUCAACAUGACAACACUUUGAACCGAGGACACCGGUUUGGAGACAGUGGAAAUUGGACAUAAGGACAUUCUUAUGAUCAUGUUUUUGUAAGACAUUUUGAAGAAAAAAAAUUGCUUUACAUGUUGGGAGCAAAACUUGUUUGGAUCAAAUGAAACUUUUUUUGGAUCAACGGCUUGUGUGAGCAGAGUUAGGAUUUGUAUUGUUGGAUGAUUAUUGGCAUUCCCAUCUGAAAAGCAGGUCUUACAUUCUUCACGGGCAAAGAGGGACACUCUGGUUUAUAUCUUAUAUGAUUGAACAAAACCUGUUUAAACGUGCCCGAAAAAGGCCUGAUGCAUAGUGUUUAAGAUGAAAUAGCCAUCAUUACAGACAUCCAACAAUUAACUGGCCAAUCAGAGAGCUGACUCCUUUUUUUGUAUGCUGGUAUUUCUGGAUGUUUAUAUAUAUAUAUAUAUAUAUAUAUAUAUAUAUAUAUAUAUAUAUAUAUAUAUAUAAUUUCUUGCUUUGGCUGAAAAGGUGCCACAGUCACUGACUCACACAUGUGGUGGGUUAUUUUUAGUUUAUUUCUUACUGUGGAUCCCUGAGUCUUAUCUUAAAAAGUCCUGUACAUCUGUUAUGGCCGCUGCCGUGCAAGUGGAACGGAAAGACUGCCGGAGAGAGACCUUCCACCGACACAAACACAAGCAAGGACUCAAUACAAAUCCUGGAACCACAGUGAACCAGAUGUGCACGUGAGCAUUUCAGCUGGUUGGACUCGAGCACACAGAUGUCAUCGUCACCGCUCAGCUCCGUCACCAUCAUGAAGCCGGCCGCUCUGGUCGGCCAGUGUCACAUCUGCCUGCCCCUGUCAAAUCACACCUGAAGACUCUGUUACAGCAUGGUGAACUUACUAAAGUCUCAGAGCAAUUUGUUUUGUGGUCACAUUUUGCUAGAAGACAGAAAUAAUUGAGUAUUGAAAGGGAUCAUGAGUGUUCCUGCAGCCCUGUAGAGAAUUUUCUCGCCAUUGUUGGACUUGUUUUGGUUGUUGCUGUGCGUUGAGCAUUUGGUGUUUUUGUUUUUUUCCCCUUUUGAACAAUUGCAAAGCCUGUUGUAAGGAUCUUCCUUUUGUAGAAUUGAUUUAUCAUUGUUUUUUUAUUUUAUUUUUUACUUUGUAAGAUAGUUGUAUGAGUUUUAUCAUUUGGAAUGCUCUUUCUUUUUUUAUUUACAUUGUUUAAAUGUAAGACGACUCUCGAUUUAGAUUCCAGGAACAAAGUGUUUUCUUUUGUGCCAGGUGCUUAGAAAUGUUUGAAAUGACAAACGUAUCUGGCUGUAACAUCACAUGUUGUGAUAUUGCUCUCUUUUAAAAAAAAUGCAUGUUUCAACACAGACCUGUCAGGCCAGUUGUAAUUGGAUUGUUCUGGUGUUUGCGACAGUUUUUCUUAAAUGAAACACAAUAUUUUUCUUCAGCACACCACCCUCUCCUCUCCCUGAUGUCCAGCUCUCUGAUGAGCUCGUUGAUUAGUUUGAAGUAGAGGCAGUAAGGGCGGUCUGCACAAUCUGCAACAUAAUUCACUGUUUCGUUACGAUAUGAAGCAUAAAAUGAAUCAAAAAGGGUGGCCUUAGUCAUUUUCCUGACUUUGGGAGUUUUGAUAAUGGUUACUCACCAGUGCCUGAAUACUUCUCUGCUACAUGAUGGAUGAUGUUGCAUUUGAGGAUUUAUAGGUUGUACCUUUUUAUAAUACAGAUGUAUAAAAACAUAUAUACUUCAGUAACAUCUGGCAGUGUCUCAGAACAUCCGAAUGAAGAAUUACAUUGACGCUGACUGCGUCCGUGUCAUUAAAUGUAAGACGACUAAUAACCUUGUCUUCAACUUUGACACUGAAAACUACUUAAAAAAUGUUUCAUCUUUUAUGUACGGAGUUUGUUAAGUAUAAUUUUGUCCUUGACUGGCAUGUGCAUUGAUAUGUAUGUACAGCUGUAUGAUAUGUCAGCUUUAUCAUUGUGAGCUGAUACUGAUAUGUAACAGUAUUUGGUUUUCUACCUGUCAUUUUAUCACAGAUCUUGCCCCACGGACUAGCCCUGAACAUUAUUUUCUUUGUCAGUUACUCUAACCUUUCUGCAGAGAAAUGUGGUGUUGUGAUAUGAAAAAUCUCUACUGAAGACUUUUAUUUCUUUACAUGAAAGAUAUGUCUGCAGUAUCCAAGGAUCAAAACAUGCACCGGAUAUUCUGUUAACAGACCCUUUCUGUCCUCCACAAAAGAUAACCUGCUACAGAUCUCUCUGUCUUCACUCAUAUUUGGGGACAACAUCUAUGUAGGCUAUGUCCUCAAAGUGCCUCCAGUUUCCUAUUUUUUAUAUAUAAAGUAGAUAUAGAGAACUGUUGUGUAUAUAACAGUAAUGUAGCAAUAAAUGUGCCAUUUUUAAUAACAA